AUGACAGCAUCUGCAUCUGCAUCUGCACCCACCUCGUGGUGGCGACUGAUCCGCUUCGUUGCGCGAGAAGACGGUCAGACCUACUUUGGUCAACCCAUCGACGACCUCCUCGACGUCGGUGUCGCGUACGCCAACCAAUCCGGUCCCAUCAAAGCGAACGUCCUCUUCGCCCACCCGCUCUCUGGCAACGCUCCCCUUUCUGGUGUCAUCAAAACCGUAUCCACCUUGCUUCCCCCGCUUCUCCCAACGGAGGUGCCUACCAUUCGAGCGCUAGGAGCCAACUUUGUUCAACCGGGACAAGCCUCCUACGACGCCAUCAAGAAACGACCCUCGAUCCCUAUCCUGUUCUACAAACCGCUCUCGACGCUCUCCGGACCCAGUCAGGAUAUUGUCAUUCCUCCCUGUGCGGCGGAAGAAUCCGACUACGAAGUCGAACUCGUCGUCGUCCUGCGCAAAAACAUCAAAAACGUCACACCGUCUCAAGCCAUGGACGCCAUUCUCGGCUAUACACUUUCCAACGACGUGUCCGCUCGAACGCGCAUGUUCGCCGUCCCGCAGUGGGGGUUGGGCAAAAGCUUCGACGGUUGGCUUCCCAUCGGUCCGUGUCUCGUAUCCGCCUCCAACCCCAGAGGCAUCUCCAAUCCGGACGCCAUCCAUCUCACGACCAAGUUGAACAACAGCAUCAUGCAGGAUGGAAAUACCUCGGAAAUGCUCUGGAAGACAGCGGAGACGCUGGCCGAGUUGAGCAAAGGUACGACGUUGGAAGCGGGAAGCCUGGUGAGCAUGGGUACGCCUCCGGGUGAGGGAUUCAAGAGGAACCCGAAAGUCUGGUUGAAGGACGGUGAUACGGUGCAUUUGUGGGGAAGUGGUGGGUUGGGCAGCUUGAUCAAUGGUGUCAGGCAGGAGGGUAAGGGUGAUGAGGCGCCAAGGGUGUUCAAGGCGAAGCUUUAG